GGGGUCUCUCGCCGGUACAAGUGUCAGUGCGGAGGGGUGACUUGAGCCAAGCGGCGUGCGCGCUCUGGAGAGCUUCUUUAUACCCGGGUUGUUUUUCGAGGAGUGAAUUUUUUUCCCCCCCUUUAAUCGCGAAUAUACCGGCACGAGGUGAUGUUGUCUUGGCUCCUGAGCUCUGGAUGAUAAUGGGAUCAUUUUUUCCCUUCCGAGCCAACAGAUGUUUCCAGUGGUGGAUUUCCCUGUUUUGGAAUGUGUUCGAUGCGCAUUCAUUCCCCCCUGCACAUCUCCUCCCCAGGGCUUUUCCUCCACACUCUACACACCUUCAUGUUUGUGUGUUUUCUUCCCCUCCUGCCGCUGGAAUAUGUGCCAAUGUCCCCCUUUCGAUUCCGAAGACCUGUUCAGUGAUCAGAGGCUUGAACGAUGAACAUCCUUUGAGAUGAAAAUCAGCACUUUUGGGGAUCACCGUUUGCUUGUGCGCGGCUCGUGCCGGACCUCGCGCCUCGGCAGCCUGUUGUCCGCGUCCGCGGAGAAACGCACAAGUUUGCUGCGAGCCGGAGCCGAAGCCGGAGCCGGAGCCGGAGCUGGUCUGAGCGGCGCGCCAGGGCCACGCGUGGGGCGCCAGGAGGGGGACCGACGGAGCGGCCCCGGUGUUCGGCCGGUCUGUGGUUUGACGGGGCAUUCGGCGCAGCUGUGGAGCGGGGACGAUGAAGACGUUGGUGGUGAUGAUGAUGAUGAUGAUGAUGAUGAAUGGCCCGACGGCGCGGGCGGGCACCGGGGUCUCGCCACCGUUAUGUUUGCUCAUGUGCGCGCUCGUCGUCCCCCCGCCGUGCGCCCACUCGCACCCGCAGCCGUGCCAAGUGCUGAAACGCAUCGGCCACACGGUGCGGGUCGGGGCUCUGCACGUUCAGCCCCGCCUGCUCUCCGCCGCGGACCGGGACGCCGAGGGGGGCUCGACGGGCAGCGGGGAGCGGCGGGCAAAGUUGGAAAAGCAGCUGGAGACAAGUGCCAGCGCGCCGGGACACGCGAGCCUCAGGACCAGGGGCGCGAUCAGCGCGCAGCGGGGCGCCAGCAGGAAUAAGAACCAGGCACGACAGCGGGAGGAGAGCGCCCCGCGGGAGAACCGGGUGUUCGCGCCCCGGGACUCGGUCCUCCUCGCCGCGGAGGCGCUGAACCGCGCCGGAUUGCUGCCCUACAAUUUGUCCCUGGAGCUGGUCAUGGCCGUGGGGUCGGGACUCGGCGAGCUGCCCGCCUUCUCCUUCUCCUCGCCGGGCAGCCCCGAGAACGAGGACCCGCUGUCCUUCCUGGAGAGCGUGUGUCACAGCGUGGUGGUGCAGGGGGUCUCCGCCGUGGUCGCCUUCCCGCGGCACCGGGACGACUUCGUCGAGUUGGAGUUCGUCUCGCUGGCGCUGCGCGUGCCCGUCGUCAGCGUCGUGCACAGGGGAUUUACGCGCCGCAGCGAGAAUCCCCUUCAUUUCCAAAUGGCGAUGCGGACCGCGGAGGCCCCGCCGUCCCGUCUCCUCUACUCCCUGCUGAUGAUGAAUGGCUGGUGGGAUAUCAGCGUUCUGCUCUGCCAGGAGUGGGACAUUAGCCACUUCCUCUUACUCAUCAAAAACAACACUCGCUUCCACCUGGGCACUCUUGUCAACCUGACAACUACCGCCUCGACCUCAUCGCCGUCUUCAUCUCCACUAUCAUCCUCUGGACUGGCAUCUGGUGUCGCAACGGGGACCGAGGACGUGUCUUUAUUGUCGUCUUUGCCCUAUUUUGCCUCUGCUGCCUCAGCCGCUGCUUCUUCAUCCACCUCCCCCUCGAAAUCAGACCAGCAGCAGGCGCUCAUGCGACAGCUGGAGGCCCUGCGGGAACCUUCAUCCACGAAAGGGGUUGUGACAUUCGGGUGCGAUAUCCGGGAGGUGCGCCGUCUGUGGACGCUGGCCACUCGGAUGAUGCUGCCGGAGUUUCACUGGGUCUUGGGGGACAGCCAGAAUGUGGCCGAGCUGAGAACAGAGGGGUUGCCCCUGGGCCUUCUGGCACACGGGGUCAUGGGGGGCCCUUCUCUGGAUCACUACGUCCACGACUCGCUGGAGCUGGUGGCGCGGGCGGUGGGCAGUGCAGCCCAGGAGAACCCCAGCUUGGCACUCAUUCCUGGGACCACUAACUGUAUGGAUGUACAAGAGAGCAACGGAAGCUCCGGGGAAUACUUGGCAAGAUUUCUAUCCAACACAUCAUUUGAGGGCCAGAGCGGCUUCGUGUCCAGGGACCCUCAGAGCCAGAACGUCCUCUCCGAGGCCCAUCACUACGUCUGGUCCCUCCAGCUGGACCCCCUGGGCCAGCCGACCUGGACCCGCCUGGGACGCUGGCGCAGGGGGAGAGUUCUGAUGGACCAGGGGGCCUGGCCGAUCCACGCGGGCUCGGGGGGCGGCGGGGACUGGCGCCGAUCGGCGCGGCUGCACUUGCGGGUGGUGACGCUGGUGGAGCACCCGUUUGUGUUCACCCGGGAGGUGGACGGCGACGGGCUGUGUCCCGCGGGCCAGCUGUGCCUCGACCCGCUCACCAACGAGUCGGCGGUCCUGGGAGGUUUUUUCCAGAACCUCGCAGGACCCAACGGAUCCGUUCCCACGGACCUGAAGAAGUGCUGUUACGGAUACUGCAUUGACCUGUUGGAGAAGCUGGCAGAGGACAUGGGCUUCACCUUCGACCUCUACAUUGUCGGAGACGGGAAGUACGGGGGCUUCAAGAAUGGCCGCUGGACAGGAUUGGUGGGCGACCUGCUGAGCGGCGCCGCCCAGCUGGCGGUGGCUUCUUUCAGCAUUAAUUCCGCCAGGAGCCAAGUCAUCGACUUCACCUCACCCUUCUUCUCCACCAGCCUGGGAAUUCUGGUUCGUACUCGCGACACAGCCGCGCCCUUCGGCGCCUUCAUGUGGCCUCUCCACUGGUCCAUGUGGCUCGGCAUCUUCGUCUCCCUCCACGUCACCGCCGUCUUCCUCACCCUGUACGAGUGGCACAGCCCGUUCGGCAUGACGCCGCGCGGACGCAACCGCCACCGGGUGUUCUCCUUCUCGUCGGCGCUCAACGUGUGCUACGCCAUCCUCUUCGGGAGGACGGUGGCCAUCAAGACGCCAAAGUGCUGGACAGGCCGCCUGCUGAUGAACCUGUGGGCCAUCUUCUGUCUGUUCUGCCUGUCCACGUACACCGCCAACCUGGCCGCGGUCAUGGUCGGGGAGAAGACCCACGAACAGCUUUCAGGGAUACACGACCCAAAGCUGCACCAUCCCUCUCAGGGGUUCCGAUUCGCCACCGUCAGAGAAAGCAGCGCGGAGGACUACGUCAAGAAAAGCUUCCCCGAGAUGCACGAGUACAUGAGAAGAUACAACGUCCCGGCGACGCCAGACGGCAUACACAACCUCAAGGCCGACCCUCAGAAGCUGGACGCAUUCAUCAUGGACAAAGCUCUGCUGGACUAUGAGGUCUCCAUAGACGCAGACUGCAAGACGGUGACGGUUGGAAAACCCUUCGCAAUUGAAGGCUACGGCAUCGGCCUCCCGCAGAACUCUCCGCUCACCUCCAACAUCUCGGAGCUCGUGAGUCAGUACAAGUCGGACGGCUUCAUGGACACGCUGCACGACAAAUGGUACAAGGUCGUGCCCUGCGGGAAGCGCAGCUUCGCCGUGACGGAGACACUGCAGAUGGGCAUCAAGCAUUUCUCCGGUCUGUUUGUGAUGCUGUGCGUGGGCGUGGCCGUAUCGCUGCUGACCACCGUAGCAGAGCACAUUGUGUACAAGCUGGUGAUCCCCAGGGUCAAGGAGCCACGCUUCAAAUACUGGCUGCACACGAGCCAGAGAUUACACCGGGCGCUCAACUCGGUCUUCACUGAAGACAAACUACCGACUGUUACCAAGCCCGAGAAGAGGUGUAAUGAGGGGAACAACCAGCCACGGUGGAAUCCUGCAGAGUCCUCCCACUGCAACAGGCGUAGGGUCCUUCCACAGGAGAUGCAGAAUGACCUGGAGCGCCCGUCCACCCAGGAUCUGGCCCCUCCGCCGCCCCCUUCGACCCUGCCUCACCCGCACCCUCUGCCCCUGCUGGAGAAGCACAUGGUGGCCACGUCCAACGGUCGCUCCGACCUGUUAGGCCGAGUUUUGGGCCAAGGCCAGGGGGGCUCGGGCCUCCCGCAGUGCCGGGGUCUGGGUAUGGUCGACUGUGGCCCCGGUCUGAGUGUGGGCCGGAACCCUAUGGUUCAGGAGCUGUCCGAACUGGAGGGUCAAAUCCUCAUCAUCAAGCAGCAGCUGCAGUCGGCCAUGAGGAGGAAGAGGGAGCUAGAACAGUACCAAUCAGAAAACCAGCAAGCAAACCAGACUGCGCCGAGUCAGGCCGCUGCCCUCCAGCCCAACCAGUUUGCUCAGUACACCCAGUCGCACCCGCAGACUAACCAGCACACAAACACGCUCCCGGAGUUGUGAAGCCUUUUUCCCCGUGUGUGCGCGUUUCCCCCCCCCCCCCCGAGUUUCCAGAACGUCUUGCAGGUUUUUCCGGGGGACAGGAUACUCGCUCAGUUUCUUCGAAAAGUUGGAACCUUCCCAGUUUUCCCAGGGCCAAAAUCUCCCUUUGGGCUCAGGAGUUUCCUCGAACGGCGGAACUGAGGAGUUCUCCCCGGGGGCCAGAUCCUGCUCCGUCACUCCGGCGGGACACCCGCUGACCCUCCGAGGACGAGAGGCACCGAACAAAGGAUGAACCAGGGAUCCUGAACCAAAUCUGUUCUUACUCUAGCUUGUUGCCGCAGCCGAAGAGCUGUGCAUCCCCGCUCCUCUUCCUCGUGUCCCUUCCCCCAUUUUCUUCACCUCCUUUUCACCCUUCCUCUGAUCCCUCCAUUUUUGUUUCUUUCAAUCCCCCCCCCCCCCCCACUCCUGUCUUCUCCUGACGUCUGUCCCUCUCAUCUCCUCCCCCUAAGCCUCGUCUCUUCGAGGGCACAGAUUUGCUUGCCACGAUGAUACCUUGAUCGCAGAUACGAAGACACGUCGGCAUUUAAGCCUAAUGGGCUAAUUCACUUGAGUCUAACGUCGAGACUCGUCGAGUGUGAACGACCUUCGGUUGAACCCCGCCGGUUAAGUCUUCAUGUCCUUGGGAUUUGCUUAAACCUUGUAUCUUUAAGCGGGGGGAGAGAAGAACUGCUGGCGACUGGUUGAUUUCACCAUUGAUGCUUAAAUGUUUUUGACGAGUGUUUGAUUUGGCGUUGAUUAUUUUUUUUUUGGUCCGAUUUGUUUUUUUCAGGGAUAGUGGGGCUGUAAUAUGUUAAAAAAAAAAAAAGUAAAAAAAAAAAGAAAGAUAUAAAGUUAUGGGAAGACACCUCUAUAUUCACCAUGAGCAUCUGGUUGGCAUCUCGUGGUGGAUUCUUCGUCUUUACAAAAUCUUAUUUAUGGGUCACUGUAUAAUGUUCACCGAUGCACCCACAAGGCAUCAUUUAACUUGUCAGAGUUUGACUUAUGGUCCACAAGUCUUUUUUUUUCAUUCUUUUUUUUCAAGUGAUGAGAAUAAAAAGGAAAAAGAGGGUCUUCAGCUUUUUCUUGUCAGGGACCAAAACCUUUUUUUGCCCAGCCCCCUUAACUGUGCGAUACCCACGCUCUCGUGACGUCGUGACACAACAAACACAGGAUUGAUCGGCAAACUGCUGGUACUGACCUACUGUUAAAAUAUAAGUAUGCAUAGAAAGUGUCAACACAAACUCACAUGACUGUAGAACCGCUCGCUGAACUCUGACAUGUUAUUUGAUUAUGAACAAUUUCACAACUGAAUACACUGAAACGGUCCCUUUGUGCUGAGACCUGUUCACUUGCAUCUUUUCCUGUUUGGGUUUGGAUGUGUUCUGUUAUUAAAAAUUACCUCUCUUCUUUGCACUUAA